GACUGCAACACACGUUUAUCAUUGGCUUUAAUUUCCGUAAACAGAAACUGCGCCGUGUAGGGUUGUCUCGUUUUGCUAAUCAAAAACGUGACGUCGUGUUCGGUGGGAGGAAUUUGUGCUACGCAUUGCGAGUUCGAUGCAAUGACUUAGCACUCUUGCCGAGUGAGAGACGGCGCAUCUCCAGCAGAUCGUUUGAGAUCACCCAAAGGUCACGCAGCCAAUUGCUGAUGUGUUCGCAAACGUGUGUGUGUGGGGAUCCACCGAUCGGUGCCAGAUUAAAACACACCCGAUACGACACGAGAGGGCUCCCACUAUCAGUCGCGUUCGAGUCGUCGUCGUGAGUAGACCGAUUCUCCGAUAUUUGCGUGAAAUGAGUUCCCCAUCCCAGCGGGUCGUGACGGGAAGCAGUGUGUACGAUACAAAUGGGAAGUUUUGGUACGGUGAACGGUUACCGACGGUGUUAAAUCCGGCCGCCGGAGUUGGACGGAUUGUGCUCGAUACGUUAGCCCGCUCACCGGACAGGGUGAUUCAGAUCAACGCCGACACUGGCCGGAAGACGACAUGUGCCGAAAUGCGUCUCCGGAUCGUGCGUGUGGCGUUACAUCUCCGUCGGCUCGGUUACAAGCGAGGAGAUUUCGUGAGUUUAGCGUGUGGGAAUGGUGAGGAUGUAGUUCCGGUGUUCAUCGGUUGUUGGGUGCUUGGAAUGGCCGUGAAUCCGUUGGCACCGAUCUUCGGGCGGGAUGAUUUUGCACACAUGAUGGCCCAAACCCAAUCCCGGUUGGUGUUUUGUGAUCCAGCAAACCGGGUUCCAGUGACCGAAGCCAUCCGGAAAGCGAUCGAUGGCCCUGUGCAGCUGUUCGUGAUGGGACCGGCUGAGGAUGGAGCGCGUUCCGUCGAUGAACUGUUGGCCCCGAUCGAGGGUGAGAUGGAAUUUCAACCGGAGUACCUUGGGGAUGCGAGUAAACUCCUUGCGAUGAUUCUGUGCUCCUCGGGAACGACUGGACUUCCGAAAGGUGUUUGCUUAUCACACGCUCACUUCAUCGAUGGAAUGGUUUUCUCGACACAAGUCUCCGAUGGACCGAUCUUCAACUUUAGCUCACUGUUCUGGGCCACCGGGAUCUUCGCCGUAAUGACGUCCCUCCUGUACAGCCGGCCACGUGUGCUUACGUCUAAACCAUGCCAACCGGACCUACUGAUCGACCUGAUCGAGCGAUAUCGCAUCGAGAACCUCUUCACGCCACCCUCGUACGUGUCGGCGCUAUUGGCACAUCCUCGGUUGGCCCAAGCGGAUCUAAGCAGCGUGCGACAGUGGUCCCUCGGUGGUUCCAUGGUUCCACCCGAGCUGAUACGUCAACUCCAGCAACACCUGCCGAAUGGGCACACGCGUUCCAUCUACGGAAGUUCCGAGAUUGGGUUUAUCUCGCGCAACGAAGCAUUAGUUCGUCCCGGUUCCGUUGGACCACUCGCCACCAACGUCGAGUGUCGGAUUGUGGACGAGGAAGGCCACCUCGUUGCACCGGGUGUGCACGGAGAGCUGCUGCUGCGCCAUCGGUACAUGUUUCUGGGGUACAUCUACAACGAGGAAGCCACGGCGAAUGCUCUCACCGAGGACGGGUUCUUUCGGAGCGGUGACAUCGGAUACAUGGACACCGACGGCAGCCUGUACGUGAUCGACCGCAUCAAGGACAUCAUCAAGUACAACAACUUCCAGGUGUCACCGUCCGAUCUGGAGAGCAUCAUCCAGAAGAUCGACGGCGUUAAGCAGGUGUGCGUGAUCGGUGUCCCCUCGGCGGACGGAUCGAGCGAUCUUCCCAUGGCUGUGGUCGAACGGCGUCCUGGAUCCGGUGUUCGUGCUGAGGACAUCGUGCGACAUGUGGAUGAGCAGGUGGUGGACUUUAAGCGGCUGCGUGGAGGCGUUCGCUUUGUGGACAGCUUCCCGAUGACUCCGUCGGGCAAGAUCGUGCGGCGUACCGUUAAGAAGCUGAUUGACGAGGGGAAGUUGUGAUCGUUGAGCUGUAAUUAGCCUGUAAACACGCGUUGCUGCUAGUGUUAUGAACGUUCGAAGACAAAAGCAGCGUUCGUUUUAAUAAACUACU